UUUCACACCAUCCACAGGAGGACACAUGUCCACAGCUAAAGAGCGACCCUUCCGAUAAGGUUUCACUCUGUCUAGUGGCAGCGCAAGACUCGAACAAUCCAGUCAACCUGGAAGUGGGGAAAACCUCACGGGACCUGAGACUUCCUGUGUUUUACAUCAAAGUUCUUAGCCAUGUCGCUGACAAUUGCGGCCUCCUCCAACAAGAGGAAAAAGGCCAAUAAGAUUAUCACGGACUUUACCAACAUCAGCCAGAAUGAUGACGAGUCUGACCCCGAGGCUUCCGAGCUGAACCUGGGCACCAAGAUCAAGACUCCGAAAGACGUGAUGCUGGAGGAGCUCUCGCUGCUUACUAACAAGGGCUCCAAGAUGUUCCGCAAAAGGCAGCAGCGGGUCGACAAGUUCAUCACGACCAACGAGAACAUGCAGAACCUGCAGAACCUUCUGAUGUCACCUCCCCCUGUCCCGCCAAAGCCUGAGAUGCCAAAGCAAGAUGCGGUUCCUGAAGAUGAGGCCAAAGAAUCCGAGAAGGAGAAGAGGAGGAGGGAGCAUGUUCGCACCUAUGUGUCGCCAUGGGAACGAGCCAUGAAGGGCAAUCAGGAACUGAUGGAAACCAUGAGAGCCAGUAUGCCUGGACCUAGCAGGCUCCAGCUUCCUCAGUACAAGAGCUUUAACAGGACUGCGCUGCCCUUUGACGGCGCGGAAAAGCGCUACAAGUUGAUGCCGUUCAACCGGCCCGACCUCGGCGCCGACCUCGAUGAACUUGAGCCGCUGCCCCUCCUACAGGCGGACAUCCGCUUGCGACCCUCGUUCAACCGCACGCCCAUCGGCUGGGUGUGCAGUGAGGACAACACGCACAUCCACAUGGACCUGGACGCCAUCCCCUUUGACGGAGAGAGUGACGAUCUCUGAACUUACACAUUUGUUUAUAUCAAACAGAUUCUGUUUAAUGCAUGGGAAUGAAACGUGACUGACUACUCAAUGUUAUUUUUCUUAAAAAAAAAGAAAGAAUUGUGGAGUGUUUUUGGUGGGGGCAAUCUGAGAGGAAAAAUCAAACAUUAUUGGCGGCCCCUGUGGUGAACUCUGCCGAGCCUACCCCAGACUGGUCAACACAUCUAUUUGAAAAUAAAAGUAAAAAUCCCCUGC